CCUGUUGCGUCAUAGCUACUAACUACUAGAGUGUCAACGAAUCAGGUUCGAUUGCUAGGUUGUCCUCUCUCGAUGUCUCAACGGACGGAUGAAGUCCGCGAGGCUCUGGCAACGAGCAUACGCCAGAGACUCCGCAUUUCCAACCGUCCGAUCGUCACUCUGUGUGGCUAUUGCGAGGCCAGACCGGACGAGUUUGCUCUACUUCUCAGCUUGAUUUUCUGGCAGGUGACAUCAUCAGUGUGGCAACUGUUGGUCGUUUUCAUGGUGGCAUUCUUCGUUCUUGUUUUCUACUUUGACGUUUUGAGAUCUACAAUGAGGCGUUGGAUCAGUCAACUACCAGUAAUUAAGACUUUUUUGAACUCGAUGGUUGAUUUGUGGACUCAACAUUUACCAUCAGACAGUCCUCAGAUCACUUCAGCAAGUGAUUUGAUCAUCGAAAAACUAUCGUAUGGGCUUGCAUCUAUUAAAUUGGCAUACGGGAGAGUUCGAACUCGCCAGAACGAGCCCUUCCUUAUUGUUGGAGGUAUCUUGGUCAUUACGAUUGUGGUUGUCGUAUGGAAGUAUUAUAUUCUCUCACUGACAAUGACAGUCUACUGGGCCGUUUUGUUCCUGUUGUAUUGGCCACGUUUUCAACAGUAUCAGGUUGUGAGCACGUUGCGUUCCAUUGUACGUUUCUACAGAGAGCAACUGGAAUCGAGCUUUAUGAAUAGACAUAACAUGGAGGAGGAGAAACAGGAAGGUGGAACUUACGACGACAUUACCUUUGCCAUGAGUGGUGAGUUGACAGACAAGGCGUUUGAUGAAGUUCUGGGAGAGGAAUUGGGGUAUGAGACCCAUGAAGUAGACCAAUUAGCAGCAUCAGAUGACGAUGACAAUGAGCUACGAAUGCUAGAAAGAGGCAACUCUUUGUAUGAACCGGAUGUGGACGAGAUGCCAUCCAUUGCAGUAGGAGAUGAUGACAACUCAGAUGAUGACUGGGCAUUUGAUGCUGACACCAUGUCUCAAGCCGAAGAGAUGCGAUUUACAUCUGGGUUGGAGUUCCCGUCACUUAGCCAAGACAGCAUAGACUAUCAUUCAGUGCCUCGAAGGCGGAUGCAUAGACAGAGACAUCAUCCUCGCAGUCGAUUGGCCGACUUGUCUGAAAAUGAGUUUCCCGCGAUGGAAAGUCCGUUGAGUUUUGUUGAUGAGGAUGUAGAGAGAGAAAGAGAGAGGAGAGACGUAACCAGCAUAACCAGCACUCCAAUGGAGGCAGCAGCUGAACAAGCAGCCACGUUUGCCCUACUUGAGGAUACGCAUCAUUUGACUACUGGACACGUUGAGAGUGAAACGCACAAAGUCAAACGACGACAACUACCUCAGAUGCCACAAUCGAGAGUAAAGCCAGAACCAUUCGAGCGUGAAGCCGCCAACGUUGACUCAAUCUACACGUCAAAAGGUCUUCAUUCUCAACCAAACUCAAUGUCACACUCAGAGGUAUCUCAACCAGACAUGUCAACACGCAUGCGCAAUACAUUUAGCGCACCUGCUGCUGUCUUAUCCAAAACAUCGUUGUACGACUGGAACUUCCAGGAAAACAAUCUCGCUGCUGACAAAUCGUUGAAUGACAAAGAGAAACUCGAUCUAACCGAGUUUGACAUCCCGGACCAAUCUGAGAUCGACAGCGCACGACAGUCUGCAUCAAGGAGCGAAACACCAUCCCGCUGGCUCUUUGGCUGAAAUUGUGAUUACGAUUUUCGUAGGUCGAAUUGAUAAAUUGUGUUAAAAAAUGGUGAUGCUUUAUGUCAUUGCUACAAUGUAAGUAGUGUGUAGAAGGUAUUGACAUGAGUUUUUACGGCGUGGAGUAAGUCAUGUGUGUACAUUGUAGGUAUUUGUUCAUCUAACCAAUCAGAUGUAUUGAACAACGAG